ACUUUGAUUCAUCCAAUUGAAACGCAAGAACGAACAAAAUCUUCUACGUUCAUAGAAAACAGUCCGGCGUUUCUUUAACGCGUGACAGUCAACAUCUGUUCUUCUCUGCAGUGUAUUAAUUGAGUCAUUUAAAACAGGUAAUGGCGUUGCGCGCGUGCGGAUUCCUCGUGUUUCGUCGGCUAGCACAGCCCACAUCUCCAGGCGUCAUCGAGUACCUCCUCCUACAGACGUCGUAUGGUCAGCACCACUGGACCCCGCCCAAAGGCCACGUGGACCCAGGGGAGGAUGACCUCACCACCGCUCUGAGGGAGACACAGGAGGAGGCGGGCCUGGGGGCGGAGCACCUGCAGGUGCUGGACGGCUUCCUCCAGGAGCUGCACUACACCGUGAAAGGGCGGCCCAAGGAUGUGUUGUACUGGCUGGCAGAGCUCAGGGACCCCAAGACCGAGGUUACCCUGUCAGCGGAACACCAGGACUACCGCUGGGCCAGGCUGGAGGAGGCCUGCUCCCUGGCCCAGUACAAAGACCUGCAGGACACCCUGAGGGCAGCACAGCGACACCUAGACUCACAGCAGGAGAAAAACGGACAAGGACUAAGCUAAGAAUUAUGCAGAGCAAAGCUGCGUUUAAACAGCCAUGGGUGGAUCACUUGAAGAACGGAAACAGAGUUUGUAACCGUGUCCCUUAUCCCUUGGUUAUUGCCCUCAGAUGCACAAUGACUAAUGGCCAUUCUGACGUUUUCUGGGGGGAAAAGUGAAAUAUAAACAAAUUGCAGAGUAUUUCCAAAUAAGUGUGUGUUCCACAUGUUGGUCAUACAUUAAAAUCCAUUACAUUUUUCUUUCA